CGUCACACACACAGCGCCCGCCCGGCCGCUGCCUCAGUUUCCCCACGCUGCAGCCAUGUGGAUGGUGUCGCCGCCGGUCGGUAAGUCCCGCUUCGAUGCCCCGACGUCCCCUGGCCCAGCGCAAGGCUUCCCGUCAGAAAACGGCCCGUUCGGUGUGUUUGGGUUUCCUGGUGGAUGUUGGCUGGGUGAGGUUUGCAGACGUGGGGUGGUUCGGGGUGAAGGUGCGGAGCAGCUCUGCGUGGCUGGGUGCAGCGCGGCGCUGUGAACCGGGGAUGGAGAGAAGUGAGAGCUGAGCGCGCUCCGCCUGCGUGCUAACCUGCCCCGGAGCUGCCUGUUCUGAGCAGGUGCCCCUAACACACACGGGGUCGAUGCGGAAAGAGCCAAAUCCGUGUAUUUUUCCCCCAGAAACAGUAAUAAAAAGCACUGCCAGCAGUGGGGCUGAACCCCAUUCUUUCUCCCCGUAUCUCCGUGCCGUUGGGGCUGGGAAUGCCAGGACCGGGCACGGCGCUGCGCGGCAUUGUGAUGCUGCAGAACACAGUGCUGCCUGCCAGGCGCUGCUUUGCUUCGGACCCGCGGCCACUUCGGUCAGACCCCAAAGUGCUGCCCUUUGCCCAUUUUUCCCCUCCCCACAGCACGGGGAGAGCCCAGACACAAAGAGCGCUCGGCCUUGAGGAGGGCACAGUGUGAGACAUGGGCCGAGUGCCCCCAGAAUGCCGUUUCCUGCAGAAAAACGGGGCUGGAGGUGAAAACCUCCCCACGCUCACCUCCUCAGGGUGUUUUUCCAUGCACACCUGCCUGGCCCCAAACCGCAGCGGCGUGGCCUGGGGUGGGGUGGCCAAAGGUCAGCGGCAGCAGCACCCCCACCCUGCUCAGAAAAGAGGAAUAUUUGGAAUAUUUCCUUCCUGCAGGAGGGAGCGCGGCGGGGGGGAGCGGUUGUGGCUCUUGUUGUGCUCUGACGUGCUGUUUUCUUUCAGAUGAAGGAUCUCACCAGCUUGCCUGGCUUUGGGACCACGGCAAAGGCAGGGUGCAAAACACACUAGUAGGACAUGACCCUUAACACUUUCUCUAAAGCGUAGCCCUAUAGGUAUUUUCCAGUACACCAAGAAGCUGUUCCUGAGCAGGCCGGCGGGACGGGCGCAGGCGCUGGAGUUCGUCCGGAAAAAUGCGGCCAACGCGCUCUCCAUGGCGAACCUGGUGGUGGGGCUCUCCUCCAUCCUCUGCAGCCUCAACAGGCAGUACCACUGCUCCUGCUGGCUGCUCCUGGUGGGCUUCCUGCUCGAUUUGGCCGACGGAGCCGUCGCCCGGCAGCUCAACGCCUGCUCAGCGCUGGGAGCCAAGCUGGAUGACUUUGCUGACUUCACGUCCUUCGGGCUGGCCACAGCGCUGCUGCUGCAGCCACGCGGCGUGCUGGACGGGCUGCUGGCCAUCACCUACGUGCUGGCCGUCUUCGCUCGCCUCUGCUUCUUCUCCAGCGGGAUCCCCUUCACCUACCGGGGCUUGCCGUGUCCCUACGCUUCCUCGCUGCUGGCCAGCACCUUCCUGCUGACGGGCGGCCACGUCACGCUGCUGCGCGUCACCGCCAUUGCCAUGGUCCUCUUCAUGGUUGACCGCGGCUUCUACCCCCACGACAAGGUGCUGGAAUCGCAGUGCUGGAAGAAAGCGAUCUAUGCCGGAGGCAUUGUGGCCGUUCUGUUCUCGCCCGCAACGGUCGCUCCCGUCUACUACCUCGCCUGGUCGGCGUCGUACAUCUUACUCCCCUUCGCCAUCUGGAGCUGCAAAGCCUAACGGCCGAGCAGCAGCAGCCCCGGGGAGGACGGCUCCGCCUUAACCUCCACCGCACGCAUAGUAAAGCUCUCCUCUGCCUCACUCUCGGGUGCCAGCGCCAGGCUGUCUCACCCCCGCCUUCGUUAGCUCUUCCCGGGAAGGAGAGCCGUGACAGCAGACUCCAAACCUAGCAGGCGCAAUGCUGCGGCCCCACAGGGCUUCCCACCAUGGCAGUCUGCUUCGAAAACAGCUGAGCUCCCGCAAAGGGGAACUUGGCACCAGCAGAGCUCGGGCCGGGCUCCAACCUGCCCUGCGCACCCGCACCCCCAGCCAGAAGAACAACAGCCCUGCACCAGCCCCCUUCCCAGGGAACCACCCCCCAGGUGCCUCCUGCCAGUCCCACCAGCUGGGACAGAGAUGAAGGUGCGACCGAUGCAUUCCCACUGUACAUAGUAAUUUAUUGCGAGGGCACAGUUGCGGCGGCUUUACGUUCCCCAAAUCCUCAACAUGAGGAGGAAGCGGCCCCCGCAGCAGGCAGUCUGUAGUAGGAUAGGGGUGAGGGUGCCCCCUUUCCUUGCAAAGCCCAGCCUGAGGCACGGGGAGCACUCCGGUAUUUAUUUCUGACAUGUCGCCAUAGGGAAAUAAUAUCUGAAGCGUGUUCUUUUUUUUCCUUUCUGCGCCCGGUCGAUGAGGUGUGGGAGGGAGGAAGGAAUGUGGAAAGGAAAAAUGGAACCUGAAACCCUGGGGCCGAACUCUCUGGAAAUAAAAAAGCUGGAGAACAA